AUGAGAAUCGAAACCUGUUAUUUUUGCUCGCAGCCCUGCUACCCAAGCAAGGGCAUAACCUUCGUUCGUAACGAUGCGCGAACCUUUAGAUUCUGCCGCAGUAAAUGCCACAAGAACUUCAAAAUGAAGCGUAACCCCCGUAAACUCAAAUGGACCAAAGCAUUCCGCAAAGCCGCGGGCAAAGAAAUGGUCGUCGACAGCACCCUCAACUUCUCCGCUCGCCGCAACGUUCCCGUCCGUUACAACCGUGAACACAUCGCCACUACCCUCAAAGCCAUGCAACGCGUAUCCGAAAUCCGGGCCCGUCGCGAACGUGUCUUCUACAAGAAGCGUAUGGAAGGCAAUGUGGCCAGACAAAGAGAAGCCAACCGAAAAUUGGUUGCAGAGAACGAGCACUUGCUCCCCAAGAUGCGCGGCAGCGAGAAGAAGAGACUCGAGGAGUUGGGAGAAGAGGUCAACGAGUUGGAUUUGGAGAGAGAGCAAAGAAGUGUGUUUGGAAAGCAGAAGAUCAGGCUCAAGGAGUUGGUUGAUGGUGGUGUGGAGGAGGCUGAUGAUAUGGAGAUGGAUGAUUGA